CUAUUAUUAAUGUUAAAAACUUUUUAAUUUCUUACUGAAUUCAUUUUUUCACUAAAAAAAAAAUUCAAAAAUAAUGCGUAUUUGGCCUACAUCCGAUCCUAAUUUCUACACUGAAACCAGAUCAUCUUGGUGUCUACAUUGCCGUGAGCCGAACAAAAAAUGGAAACCUGCAUAUUCGCAGGCCCCACAUGAAAUGCGAUCUUGGUAUUGGACGGGUUCGAAAACAGCUGUUAAAGGGAAUGAAGAGAAAGAGGAGGAAGAGGAGGAGGACUUAAACGAGUUUUUGAUUAAAAAUUGGCCCAAAAGUCGUAUACGUCCUGCUGCCUGCCUCCCAUUAUAUUAUACGACCGGAAAUCGUUUUAUACGUUUGCAAAAGGACGAUCCGGCUGGAUUCAAAUGCGCCCCAUUACCAAUUAGCCUGAUUGAAGCACGUCAAGUUCGAGAUAUUUUAUGUGAAGAGCAGCAAAUGAAAAAGAAACUUUCAAAACUGGAAAAGAAAGCGAACAAAAAGAAAGGAGACAAGAGAGAAGAAGAAUGCAAUUAAAAUUCGAAAAUGACUUGAGUGUAUUAGAAAUUAGGGUCGGGGAAAUAAUUUACAAUUAUUUCGAUUUAAUUUUUAAGUAACAAGCAAAAUGAUCAUUAAAUAAAAAACUCGUGAAGCACAAGUUUACAAUGGUUAUGCAAUAUCAGGCUUUGAUCUUUCGAGUUUAGGACUUUUUCGUGCCUAACUUGCCAACUUUUAGAGAGGUCGGUCUGCUUGAGUUUUGGAUAUUUAUACGUUUUACUUUUGCAUGCCGCGUCUACCGCUCAUUUACUGAUCGAUUCAAUAGGGAUUCCAACUUUGAUGCAUAAGUUAAUUAUUUAUUCCCUUUGCCUCCUUUUUUUCUCAUUACUACUGUCUUUUUUCUAUGACUUUCUUCUUGUCUUUUUAUUUUUUUUAUUUUUGUAAACUCAUUGAAGAAAAUGUUGUACUCUUUAAAAGCAUUAAUUUUUCUAAACAUCUUGCUAUCAAAUUUCAUCAAUACGUUUCAAAUGGAAGAUCCUAGAGAAAUAGAGGACAGUUGCGAAAAUAAAGGGGAAAUAAUUUCAUUUGAUAAUGAAACGGCAAUAACUUUGCUUAAUACGUCCGUUCGAUAUAGCGAUCAUAGUGCAUCCCCGAUUAGAGGAGGUUACAAUGCGAACAAUCAUGAACUGAUCAGGCAUGUUGUUUCCAUUUUAAAUGAUAAUAAUCAUAUAUGCGGCGGUAAUAUAAUAAAGGCCGAUCUUAUACUAACAGCAGCACAUUGCUUAAUGACAGGGUAAGCCAAGGGAGAAGAAUUUUCAUGUAUGGAUUUAUUUUUCUUGAAAUUUUUAUGACUAGAGGUAUGAUUUCAUCACCUGUCACAAUUAAAGUAGUUGCGGGUCAACCACAACGUACAGAAAAGUCAAAUACGACGCAAAUUCGAAACGCAAGAAAGCUUC